AUGAUACCGGAGGUCGAUGGAAAAAAGAUACUACUUGUCUUCGCGUUUCUGGGACAGGUCCUGAUCACUUCAGGAGUGCUUAGUUCCGCCAUUACUUCGCUCUGCACACCGGAGGCUUGCCUCAAUGGUUCCGUGAGCCAGCUAUCCACUGGUGCGGUCUGGGAAGAGCCUCUCACUGGCACGCUACUCACACCCGGAAGUUAUUCACGUUUUCGCGAUGCCGCUCGCGUCCGCGCCAAUCCGGGCUUUACAAUCGAUCAACAAGCCGCCCUAGUCGUUACUCAACUAUCGCCUAUGAUUGCUUACCCUCUUCCUCUUUAUCAGGACCAGCCACAGCUUAUCGGAGAAGAAGUAGGCAACUCCAACGCGCCUCUGACUUCCUUUUUACUAGCAAAGGGUUAUCAUGCUGCUUUCGGGAUCAAUGGAGAUGUUCGGAUUGUCGUGCACGAUAGCUGCCCUAACGUAAAGCAGUGGAGCCUUAAGGGUCUUGAGUUGAUGUCAAUCGAGUCCAACAAUUGCCCUGGCGGUUGUGGUUCCGGCGGAAAAUGCCGUCGGCCGACAUCUUCAUGCGAGUGCAACACGGGGUAUAAAGGCCCACGCUGCGAUUCGUGUGCGAAUGGAUACUUCGGCCCCGACUGUCAACGAUGUCCUAACUGUGAUACUUUAUCAACCAGUACCUGUGAUGAUGGGGUAACUGGUACCGGCCGCUGCAUCUCGCUCAAUUUUCUGAACAGGACACAGAAUCCAUUGUCUAUUUCCCAAAGCAGAUGCAACUGCGUGAACGGUGUUUGUGCGGGUGACACAAGCUGUCUUUGCUCUGCUGGAUGGACUACAUCAUCAAACGGAACACUGUGUGCCAGCUGCCAGUCUGGUUUUUUUCUUGACUCUCGUGGGGAAUGCGUCGCGUGUGGUCCUGCUUGCGCAUCUUGCGAAGGUCCUUCUGCCGUCUGCCAGUCCUGCAUUCAGGGCUUCCAGCUCUCGAAGAACGAUUCGAAAACUUGCGUUCCUUCAACGCUUAACUUGAAUGGCGCUGCGCCUACUUCUUGCAGCGAUGGUUUCUUCAACUCUCAGAAUUCCACAUGUGCCCACUGUGAUUCUAGCUGCAAAAACUGUUUUGGAGCUUCAGCAAAUUCAUGCACUCAAUGCCCUUCACCCAAGGCACUUCUUUCCAUCGGUCAAAUCGAAAAUAACACCUUAGGAGCCUCUUGCGUUGAUGUCGAUUCUAAUACGGGUGUCUGUUCCUCCCCAUCCGGUAGUCUAUUCCUCUUCAAUCAAAGCAAAGGAAUCUGCGAUCCUGCUCCACGUCUUUGCGCGGCCGCUGCCAUUCCUGGAUUCUCUUUACUCCAUCCCGCAUCGACUAGCAGUAACGGUGCAGUCUGCUCGGCAUGCGUCGAAGGUGCUCUACUUCUACCAGAUCGGCCUGGGGGAUCGGUGGGUCAAUGUGUUGGCAUUUGUCCGAACGGUACUUACGAUGAUCUCCAUGGCCACUGCUCUCCCUGCCCCAACGGGUGUUCAUCUUGUAGUAUAUCACAAGACGGGACCCAUCCCCAAUGUAUCACGUGCGCAUAUCCUAAUAUAUUGCUCGUCUCCGGAACGUGUACGGAUGCAUGCCCGGCCGGCACCUUCGCCAGUAUGACGACCAACGAUACGCCACUGGCACCUAAAGGAAUCAACGUCUGCUUACCUUGCUCGACAUCCUGCGGAAAUUGCACUCAGUCCCCAACAGCUUGCCAAAGCUGCCCGAAAACUAGACCAGCAUUCGAUCCCGGGACUCAAACAUGCGCCAUGGCCUGCCCGAAAGGAAAAUUCGCCGAUCUCAAUGCGGGAGGUCGCUGCUCCCCUUGUGAAGCUUCUUGUGAGACGUGCAGCGGACUCGGACCUGGUGAUUGCCUGAGCUGCAAAGCGGGAGACAUACUCCAGGAGGGCAGGUGUCGUGCUAGCUCGUGUGCGGGCAACAGGACACAAAUUGUUACCGAUUGGGGAGUCUGUUUGCAAGAUCUGCUUGCCGCCAGCUCAGAAAAUGGAUCUGCACCUAAGGGCAUUCCUGCUUGGUUAAUCAUACUAGUUACUAUAUUGCUAUCGGUUACGCUCGGUGCCUUCUUCCUUCUGAGCUGGAGACUUUGGCAACGGAACAAGCGGAAGCAAAAGACAAAACAAUUUGGAGAUGAGCUGGCGACAUCCGACAUCAAGCUGCAUCAGCUGGAUGGAGCGGUGAUGCAAGAAAGCUAUCGACCAGAUUGGAGCGACGAAACGAUGUCUGCGCCACUCACCUCGAGGCUUUCGCCACAGACACCAACUCCAAGCGAAUUCAAGAUUAAGCGAAAGGUCGUUCCCACAGACGCUCGAGUGGAAGAUUGGGAACGCGAAAGUAUGUCGAUAUACAGCCACAGUGAACAUCAGACUCGCACCAACCAGCCUGCUAGCAUCAUUGAUCUCCCUCUUGGUAGUCAAGUAGCAAAUGAUUCCGAGAGUACAAAUAGUUUCAGGGAACAAUGCAGAACUGUCCAGGGAAGUGUUUGGUUCGAAGGCGGAAUGGGAAGGCAACCAAACCAUCCCUUCCGCCCACAGCUUGGUUCCCAUCCAUCGAUAGGUUCUUUCAAAUCAACUAAGCUACUCUCUAUUAUCAAAGAAAUCAUGUACUUCUCGGUCAUAGAAUAG